CGCACCGCGCACGCAUACCCCCGCCCUCCUCAGGCCGAGUCGGGAUCGUUAUGGCGGUUGUGCCGGAGCCGGCGCUGGCUCGGGCCUUGCUCCAGCAGUGCACGUCCGCCCGGCUGCAGGUGAAGCCGCCCGAACACGGCGCCGAGGCCGAAUGGGUGGAGAUCCAGAGUGGGCUUGUUAUCUACAUAUGCUUCUUCAAAGGUGCUGAUGAAGAUCUUGUUCCAAAAAUUGUCCAUACGCUGUUGAGUGUUAAAUUAAGUGAAAAUGAAAGCGGCGAGUACGUUUCUGUUCUGGAUUUACCAGGCGAUGUGCUAAUCAUACCACAAGCUACUCUAGGCGGUAAACUGAAGGGAAAGAAGAUGCAGUACCAUGCAAACAUUGAAAAAGAAAAAGGUUUGGAACUUUAUUUUCAGUUUGUGACUUUGUGUGAAAAAGAACUGUCUGCCAGCACCAGAUGUGCAGAGGCAGGUGUUUGUGUCAAGCAUGGCACAUACGGAAACAGGCAGGUGUUAAAACUGAAUACAAAUGGACCUUACACUCAUCUGAUUGAAUUUUGAAAGAAAUAAAUGAUAUUCUGGAUA